AUGUUGACACCAACGGCAGCGACGGCGGCGAGAGCGGCUCGCUCUGCGCUUCGGACCGCGACCCGCGCAGUGGCUCGCCAGCAGGCCGUGCGACCGCUCUCGUCGUCCUCCUCCCCGGCAUCCUCCACCUCGACCUCUGCGCCCGCAUCCUCGUCCUCGUCGUCGACAGCACCAUCAACAUCCUCAUCCUCAUCCUCCUCAUCCUCCUCAUCCUCCUCGUCCUCGUCUUCGCCCUCGUCCUCGUCUUCGCCCUCGCCCUCGUCCACGUCCACGUCGUCCUGGAAGCCGCUGUUGCCGCCGGGCGUUCAGCCGGCCUACGACGAGGCCAUCGCCUUCCUCUCGUCCCGCAGUGCGCCGGCAUCGUCUGCGUCAAUUUCGUCGAUCAACUCGCCCUCGGUGCUUUCGACGUUUGCGCAGGGCGAGUACGACGCCUCGCUGCCCAUCCACCGUCACCUCCGCGAAAAGGUGUGGCGCGAGACGGGCAUCCUCGACAAGGUCAUGCAGCGCUCCAUCUCGAUGCACGUACUGCCCGACGCGCUGCCCGCCAUCACGCCCACCGUCGACGUACAGGUUUCGUUUGGGCACGGCGCGGGCAUCGGCGACCACGGCGGCAGCGGCGGCGAGGUGCUGGCGGGCGUCUUUGUCGACCCGGCACAGACCAUCUCCCCGCCCGAGAUCCGCAUCACCGCCUUCCACGAGGAGGCGCGGAGGUACACGGUGGUCGUCGUGGACCUCGACGACCCAGACGUCGACGCCGAGCGGUUCUGCACCAAGCUCCACCUCCUCAAGACCGACGUCCCGGUGUCGGCCGCCAGCCACGCCCAGCCGGUCGACGUCGAGGCUGCAGCAUCGAGCACCGUCCAGUCGUGGAUCCCGCCGCACCCGCAAAAGGGAUCGCCCUACCACCGCUUUGUCACCAUCGUCCUCGAGCAGCAGCAGCAGCAGCAGCAGCAUGAAACGGGCAACGAGCUGGCCGAGUCGGUCAGCAAGCAGCUUUCGCCCGAGCAGAGGGCCGACUUUGACGUGGCCGCGUUUGCCCAGACGCACGGCCUGACGCCCGUGGGCAUCCACUUCUGGAGGGAGAAGUGGACCGAGGCCAACGCCAAGUCGGUCACCAAGAUCUACGAAGAGAUUCUCGGCCUCGCCGAGCCCAGGUACGCUCGCCCGCCCAACAUGGCCAGCAUCCGCAAGCAGAUUGGCGUGCAAGGCAGCCGCUUCUACGACUGA